AUGGCGCCUUCUCUAACGACACUUCCGCGAGAGCUCCUAUGGGAGGUGCUCGACCACCUUGACUCCCUGCUGGAGCUCCACUCACUCCUACUCACAUGCAAAUACCUCUAUCAGUCUUGCGACGGCGCACCAAGGAAAAUCGUCUCUGCGAUUGUCUCUCGUUCUGAUCAACUUGAACUCCCUCAGCUGGAGCCGUAUCCUCAUUUGCUUCUCGCCGCGUCGGCACGCCGUCUCGCCGAUUGGGCGAUCCAGAACGAUAAACGAAGGAAGCAGCUCAAGCUUGCUUUGCAUGGAGGCAUCUGGUCCCUUUUCGAGCUGGCUAUGGAGAAGGUGCCCAUCGGACUUGACGAAAUUCGUGAGAUAUGGCGAUGGAAAGAGGAUGUCUUGGAGCCGAUUACUCGUGACCUUGACGAGUGCUGCGGACCAGAGGCUCAGAAGCAAUUGUUGGACGACUCGCCCAUCUGCGACACUCCCCAGCUGAGUCUGCUGUUGUGGGUGAUCUAUGGGGAACUGUUUCAUCACACUUUCUCCUUCGUCUGUGACAAUCAUCAGCACUUGUACCAUGAUGCUCCUCCUCCUCUUGAGCCGUUGGACUGCUUCACGCGUUUCAAGUUUCUUGUAUACUGUGUACCGGACUUUGAGUGCUUCGAGCAGCUAGGAAUUGAACACCAGAAUUUACACCCCCGGGUCCAACGGUACAUGAACGACCCAGCGAGUACAAUCCGCCAACAGGGGAGCAUGGAGGUGGCAUGUGAGAAUUAUCUUCACCCGGACCAGUGGGCCGACGCUCUUGGAUUGGGAGUAACUAUAUGCGCGGAUCCAAGAGAUCUGUUCCGGUAUUCCGAAAACAUCGAAGAACUGCUGUAUAUCUCGACGGUGAUGCACUGGGGCAAACGGAGUUUGGAGGUCCUGCUACCAAGCCGAGCAGCAAAAUACGCCGCCGAGCUUGAACACCUCCGGUCCAAGAUCGAGGAUGUGGUCACCUGCGACGCGACUUUUCUGAGGAAGUUCCCUCGUCUUCCUCGCGACAUCCUCGAAUGGACCAAAGACACGCGCGACCAGCUCAACAUUUCACCAUGGGUCCUGCUCGCCGGAGACCUUCGCCUGACGUUGCAGGGAUGGUUUGCAAGCGACGAGGAGUGGCUGCGCUAUUUGCAGAAGAUGGGGACGGCGGGGGUAGAGAACUUUGAUGAUCUGUCAGAGGGGAAGGAAUUCAAUCGGCUUGUAGCGGAGAUACGGACGCCUCCUGAAGAUGACGAGGACGAAGAAGCAUAG